CUCGAUCUAGCUUUGCUCGACUCCAUGGACGUUACUUUACAGUGAUGAGACUGGUUGAUUCGCAGUCAUGACUUUUCAAAGUGUCCUUCAAAUGAACGUCAACGCGAAUUACAUGGCAGCGAAUUCUUCAUCAGCGAGCUACGGCCCUGACUCUGAGAUCUCCAACCGGAGCUUCUCUGCUGAAAAUGAUAACAAGCAUCUUCAGAUUCUCGCCAACACGCUGGGUACAUUGCCCCGGGGGCGAAGACAGCUUUCAUUGACUAGAUCAAACUCCUUGGCGGACACUUCAGAUUUUCGAAAAAAAAUGGUUGUUUUAAAUAAGCAAGAUAAUGAAACUUUUGGAUUUGAGAUUCAGACUGUUGGAAUGGAUCAGCAAAAUGCUAAUACAUUACAGAUGUGCACGUAUGUCUGCAAGGUGUAUGACAACAGUCCUUCUCAAUUUGCAGGGCUGAAGGCUGGUGAUAUGCUAGUUAACAUCAAUGGAGUCGAUACUGAAGGGUUUAGUCACCAAGAAAUUGUUGAUCUAAUUAAGGCAUCUGGUAAUUUAUUAAGCCUGUUGACUGUUCAUAAGGACUCUAUUAGAAGAGAUCAACUUGAAACAAGAUUGCAUUUUUUAAAGAAAACACUUCAAGAGAAAUGGGUGGAGUACAGAUCAAUUUUGCUACAGGAACAACGCCUAGUUCAUGGACUCUUGAGGAAUGGUAACACAACAGAAUCUGCAGAUUCCUUUCUGUACAACAACAAUGUGUUAUUUGGAUCAACCAGACGGAAUAAAGAGAGAUUUUCCAGUGACAGCAGCUGCAGGAGUCAACUCAGCCUAAUGACUGUUGACAGUGAGGAUUGUGACUUCCAACUCAGUGUGUUUGAUGACUCAGGAAGUCACUAUAGGCGGAGCAGUAUGGAUGAAGAAUGUAUCUUCCACAGGGAACCUGAUACAUUAACACCAAAAACUCACCUGAGUAGGAGCAGGAGCAUUAGUGUGUCCAGUAAUGGGAGUGGACACACAUCACCGUCUUGGGACUUAAACAGUGGCUUUGGGACAGUUUCUCGAAGGUGCAGGAAAUCAAGUGUAAGGAAACGCCUCAUGAAGUUCAUUCCAGGUCUAAAUAGAUCAGUUGAAGAGGAUGAGAGUCAUUUUUAGAAUUUUAUAGCAAUUUUUUAAUACAACAAUAAUACUGCUAGAUUCAUGAUAGCAUUAAGAAGCAACAAAAAAAAACUGUGGCAUUACACCAUUUCAAUAACUCUUGAUUGCAGGCUGGAUCUGUGUGAAAAUAUAGUAAAACCUUUUUAGAGAAAUUGUAUAGCUUUAAUCAAAAGUUAAUUUUUCUGUACAUUUUUGUAUAAUCAAUUUUGUUCCUAUAAUCAGGUUCAAGUAUUG